AUGUCUGCACUUCGAAAGAAAUUUGGGGACGAUUAUCAGGUAGUGACCACCUCAUCUAGCGGGUCUGGAUUUAACCAGCCUCCCCCAGAGAAAAAGAAGAAGAGGCAGCGGUUCGUGGACAAGAACGGGCGAUGUAACGUCCAGCAUGGGAACCUGGGUGGUGAAACCAGCAGAUACCUCUCAGACUUAUUCACAACACUAGUAGAUUUGAAAUGGCGCUGGAAUCUAUUUAUUUUCAUCCUCACCUACACAGUCGCUUGGCUUUUCAUGGCCUCUAUGUGGUGGUUCAUCGCUUACAUCAGAGGAGACCUCAACAAAGCGCACAAUGACAAGUACACUCCAUGUGUGGCCAAUGUCUACAACUUUCCCUCAGCCUUCCUCUUCUUCAUAGAGACCGAGGCCACUAUAGGAUAUGGUUAUAGAUAUAUCACAGACAAAUGCCCCGAGGGGAUCAUUCUCUUUCUUUUCCAGUCGAUCCUCGGAUCGAUCGUCGAUGCCUUUUUGAUCGGCUGCAUGUUUAUCAAGAUGUCUCAGCCCAAAAAGAGGGCCGAGACACUGAUGUUCAGUGAACAUGCGGCGAUUUCUAUGCGAGAUGGAAAACUAACUCUCAUGUUCAGGGUCGGCAACCUGCGUAACAGCCAUAUGGUCUCUGCACAGAUCCGCUGCAAAUUGCUGAAAUCUCGGCAGACGCCCGAAGGCGAGUUUCUUCCGCUGGAUCAAUUGGAGUUGGACGUAGGUUUCAGCACCGGGGCAGACCAGCUCUUUCUCGUUUCACCACUCACAAUCUGCCAUGUGAUUGACACCAAAAGCCCCUUCUAUGACCUCUCCCAGAGGUCCAUGCAAACAGAGCAGUUUGAAAUUGUGGUGAUACUAGAAGGAAUAGUAGAGACCACAGGGAUGACCUGCCAAGCGAGGACGUCUUACACCGAGGACGAGGUUCUGUGGGGACACCGCUUCUUCCCAGUUAUCUCCUUAGAGGAAGGCUUCUUUAAGGUGGACUACUCUCAGUUCCAUGCCACAUUUGAGGUGCCCACCCCCCCAUACAGCGUGAAGGAACAAGAGGAAGCUCUGCUCCUCUCCUCGCCCCUCAUGGCUCCAUCCCUUUGCAAUAGCGGGGAGAAGAACAGCUCUCUGGACUGCCUGGAGACUCUGGAGGACAAUGACAGCACAACCAAGCUGCCCACCAAACUCCAGAAGAUGACAGGGCGGGAAGGCCUGCCUAAGAAGCUACUAAGGAUGAGCUCCACCACUUCAGAGAUGACUUACAGCUUUGGAGACCUGCCCAUGAAGCUGCAGCGAAUCAGCUCUGUUCCCGGUGUCUCUGAUGAUAAGCAAGCUGGUAAAGCCUCCAAGAUGUGCACAGAGCCCAUCAGUAAGUCAGUGGCGGACUUACCUCCCAAGCUGCAGCGACUGGCUGGGGGAGGUGGGGGCAGGAUGGACGGACACCUUCCGCCCAAACUCAGAAAGAUGAAUUCAGAUCGCUUUACAUAA